AGUAUGAGUCGAGUAGCACAGGGUGACGACUGACAAUCGACGUUAGAGUCAGAUCGUCUACUCUUCAGGUUACGUCUUCCUCAGGUCCUCCGACGAACCACUUCCAAAAAGCCUACGAGGAAAAUCCGAAGAAAAAUCGGCUUUUCUCAAGAUCGUCCCACCGAAACAUCCCGGGUCUCGGGUCGUUUCGAUUCGAAUCUGCAGGACCCAGCUCAGAUGGAAGACUCAGACGAAGAGAUAUUCGAAGAUGCCUAUGAAAUAACUCCAAGAAACGACAAUGUGCUGGAUUUGGAUACUACACUGCUCGAGUGUAAACUCGCAGUGGAUUUGUUUUUUAACAAUAAAUUUGAUGAUGCCAAAAAUGUUUUAGCGCCAUGGGUUGGAAAAAGUAUGUACCACACUAUUGGUAACGCGGUUUUCCAAUUCCUAGAAGCAAUGCUUACAUUUGAUCAGCAAUUGAUUGAAAAAGCCUCUGAAGCUUUAAAGUGUAGCAUUAAUUUAUGCAAUUAUUACAGAAAAAAGCAUUCAUUUUCUGAAUCUUUGGGUAAAAUAGUCAAAAAAUCCAAAUAUGACCACUUAUCCCCAGAAGAAAUCCAUGCAGAAUUAUGCUAUGCCGAAUCACUUCUUUUAAAAUCAAUGUUGGCUUUCAUUGAAGAUGAAACAUUAGUAAGCUUCAUUAAAGCUGGCUUCAAAAUUAGAACAUGUUUUAACUCUUACAAAGAGUGUAGUAACAUAAUGAAAUCAAGAGACUGGUCAAAUGAAAAACAUCUCGUUCAUUUUCAAAGUGGCGUGCACGUUGGAAUCGGAUCUUUCAAUUUGAUGAUUUCACUUUUACCUACCAGAAUAAUAAAGCUUCUUGAAUUCAUAGGAUUUUCCGGAAGUAAGGAAGUCGGGAUAAAUGAAUUGACCGCUGGGUACAGAUUGACUGAAGGUAUACGUCAGGUAUUAUCCAUCAUGACCUUGCUGACUUAUAACUUGAUAGCAGUUUACGUGUUAAGUCAUAAUGACGGUGACCUUGAUUUAUGCGAAGAAAUACUGCAACAACAACUUAAGUUGUACCCAGAUGGAGCUUGGUUUUUGUAUUUCAAAGGUAGAUUAGAAUUCAUGAAAGGAAAUCUUGAAGAAGCAAAUAACUGGUAUAUCAAAUCAUGGAAAUCUCAGACCGUUUGGCCACAGUUUCAUCAUUUAUGCUUUUGGGAGUUGAUGUGGACAAACAUCAUUGUUCAGAAUUGGAAGGAAGCGACAUUUUAUGCUUCAUCUUUAUUAAAAGAAAGUAGAUGGUCGAGGACUAUAUACGGAUACCAAAGAGUAUCUACUUUACUGAUGAUGGAAAAGAACACGCCCGAAGAAGAAAAGGAAAUCAGUACAUUGAUUUUAAAUAUCCCUCAGUGGAGGCAGCGUUUCGCUGGAAAAUCUCUUCCGAUGGAAAAGUUUUGUGCUAGAAAGUGUGAUAGGUACAUUGCUCAGAAAAACUUCCUAGUUCUUCCCGCUAUAGAAUUAUUAUACGUCUGGAACUAUUUCAAAAUCCUUGGGAAAAAAUGGGAAUUAUGCCAAAAUGUGUACAAAUUAGUGUUGAAAUCAUUGUCAGAGUUUGAGAAUGGAAAGUAUUCCGGAACAGAAUUUGAAUAUGAUAAUAAAUGUCUUCUAUUACUUCUCAAAGGAGUUUGCCUAUUCCAAAUGAAAAGUCCUUUACAAGCAGAACAAUGUUUAAAAACUCUUAUAGGCUAUGAAAAGAAAAUAAAACAAGACCUUUAUUUGGUCCCAUUUGCUCUCGUAGAAUUAGCUAUCAUCUAUAACAGCAUAGGAUCUCUUCAAAAAGCUAUUAGCGUUUUGGAAGAUGUAAAGAGGAAUUAUACAGGCUAUUCACUGGAAUCAAGACUUCAUUUCAGAAUCCAUACCGCUUUGCUAGACUUUAAUAGUAAAAAGUAGUUUGUUUAUUUGUUUUGUUUUGUUAAUUAUUGUGAAGAUUUUGGGACCAAAAAUGGUUACUCCCUGAUAAUUUAGUGCAAUGAAUAAAAAAAAUUAUGUAUAUUACAAGAUUGUAUUGAAGUUUAAAAAUUAUGAAUUUUAUUUAUUUUCUUAAAAAUAUGAAUGUUGUAUUAAUAAAUAUUAAGAAGGAUAUUUAUAUAAGAAAUUAUCCAAAGAAUACUGUUACUUACUCAAUUUGCUACAUUAUGUACUUACAAUUGUUUAUCAUUAUAUGUAGCAAAAAAAAACUAUGCCAAAACAUCAUUUAGAUAUAAUACAAUAUAUUGUUUUAAUAGUCUGUAUGAUUUCAAGUGUGGAUCGUUGUAUCACGCCUGAAAUCCUUUAUAAAUAAUCUAGGGAAGAAUAAUCUGCCGGGAUUUUCCUAUGGCCAGCCUCUCCGACAACGAUGGAAGCCAGUAUCUCCAAAAACUGCUGAAAUAUUAUGUGAACAAAAUAAAAAAAAAUUCUAAAUAAACAAGAUGAAACUUGAAUUUUAAGAGAGCUAUAAUAUUACUAUAAAUUAUAAGUAGAAUACAAAAGAAA